AUGUGGACGUCYACUCUUUUGUUGGGCAUCUUGCCGGCGGCAUUGGGCCAAGGCGGUCUGGUCAUCAAUCCAAGGAACAGAGACGACCAUGAAACCGGCGGGACUCGGUCUUUAAUCAUCGAUCUCUCCGAACACCUCAACAAUCGGGCUUUUGCAAUGUUUCCCGGUGAUGCAGACUUCGAUGGAAUCCAUUCAGGUAUACCGGCACAAUAUCUUCCUGAGACGGACUUCACCUAUGCCGGAACUCGGUUCAAAUUCCCUCAAUACAACGAGACCGGCAACGACAAUCUCCUUGCACAAGGCCAGAUUCUCACGCCUCCGCAAGGCCGCUACUUCAGCGUGCAGAUGCUAGCUGCAGCAGAAGAUGCCGUUGCAACAGGCAAUGUGACAGCCAUAUACUCUGACAACACGACUGCUUCCGGGGCUGUGCUGGUAGAUCCGUACUGGGCGUGGCCAUAUCCUUACGGAGGCGAUGUCAUAUUUCCUUACUAUCUCACUAACAGCAGCAUUGAUUACAACAGAUCGAUGAUCUUCCAGACGAUCAAUUGGUUGGACUCCACGAAAGAGCUGGUGAGCUUGCAGCUUCCCAACGUGACGGCGGGGAGCUCAAAUUCGCCAGGCGGAGCCACUCAGAAGACGAGGCUGCAUAUAUUUGCCGUGUCUCUGAUCCCGGUGAAUGCUUCCGGUAUCUCCCUAGAAGUUCAGCAUGCGAGAUCCACCCAAACGUGGUUCGAAGGCACGAACAAGAUUCAGAUUGUGGACGUGCGGAUCAACAAUGUUGGAGAAGAAUGGGUCCUUGCCAACAACAGCGUCAAAGUCACCAUACAAUCGACGGGUCUGACUACAGUUGUUCCGGGCGUAAUCAAUCGUCUCCGACCUGGCGACCAGGCUAUUGUACAAGUCGGCGUUGUCAACACUGAUGGAACGGCACCUGGAACCACUGGCGAAGCUACCGUAGUCGUGUCAGGAGCUGGGGUAGAUGCGACUUCUACCUUUGACGCUACCUUCGGCAUUGGAGCAUACGAUGCUACGUAUGAGAGUAUCUACACGCAUGAGAGUGUGCCAUGGUUCAAUGCCGCCAAAUAUGGCAUCUUCAUCCACUGGGGGGUCUACUCUGUUCCUGGUUGGGGCGAUGUAGGAGAAAAUGAGCGUUAUGCCGAGUGGUACUGGUGGUACAUGAACAGAGGCGCCUAUUCAGACAGCGCCAAUUUCUACGACUAUAAUUUGAAGACUUAUGGACCGGACCACGCCUACGAUGACUUUUUCCAGAACUUCACGGCUUCUGCGUUCGACCCGAAGGAGUGGGUCGACUUGUUUGCGGAUGCUGGAGCCAAUUACUUCGUUCAAGUCUCGAAGCAUCAUGAUGGAUACGCCUUGUUUGACAUUCCAGACACCAUUACAAACCGAACGAGCGUGGCUCAGUUCCCCCACAAGAACCUUUUACAAAUGCUUUUCGAUGCGGCCGCUGAGCAUCAACCUCAAUUACAUCGGGCCACGUACUUCUCUGUCCCCGAAUGGUAUCACCCGGACUACGAGAAGUACGGCUUCGGCGACUGGCCAGGAGGCAACGCCACGAAUCCCUACACCAACGAAACCCUACCAUACACAGGCUACGUCCCAGUAAACGACUUCGUCGAAGACCUUGUCCUCCCGGAAAUGCAUAUUCUUGCCGACAUGGGAACGGAGAUAAUGUGGUGCGACAUAGGAGGUCCCAACAUGACAGCCGAGUUUGCAGCGUCGUAUUUCAACAGCAUGGCAGAACAAGGCAAACAGGUCCAGCUCAACAAUCGCUGUGGUCUCCCAGGAGACUUCGACACGCCGGAGUACGCAAGCUACGAUGCAGUGCAAAUCCGCAAAUGGGAGAGUAAUCUCGGCAUGGAUCCUUAUUCUUAUGGGUAUAAUCGUGCUACUCCCGACGAUGCAUACUUGAAACCGAAGGAUAUCGUUGCCAGUCUGGUGGAUAUCGUCAGCAAGAAUGGGAACUUGCUGCUCGAUAUUGGACCUAGGGCAGAUGGCAGCAUUGUAGAGAUUGCGAAGACGAAUCUAAGGACUGCAGGCAAAUGGAUCAAAGACCAUGGAGAGGCUCUUUUCGAUACAACGUAUUGGUUCAUUACUCCGGAAGAGGGGGCCGCGGUCCGCUUCACGCAAAAGGCCAAUGCGUUUUACAUUCUGACCUUGUUCAAGCCGAAUGAGACGCUGGUGCUGGAUAGUCCGGUACCGUAUGUUCCUGGGGAUGAAGUACGAGUUGUGGGUGGAAGUAUGAAUGGGACUGUUGUUCCGUCCAAGUUGCUUGCGAACGGGAGCUUGGAGUUGAGUAUUAGUGAGGCUGUGAGGGAUGCGGAUGAGUUCAGCUGGGUGUUUAAGAUUCCCUUUGGUGGUGUGGAUGUUGCUGGUUCUAAUGGGUCUGAAUCAGGAGGAGUGGCUCCAUCGACGCAGUACACAGGUKCAGCCGGCAGGUUGGAUGGGCAGUCGGUGAUGAUUGUGCUGCUUGUGGGCCUGGUCAUGUUGUUGCAGCUGGCCUGGACCUAA